UUCCCUAGCGGAUAUCAUUUUACAUUGGAGACUUUCAACAACAUCGCCUAUUUGAUUGGUGGAGGGCCAAGUGAACCAUUUUAUUUUCUUGGUAAACUUCUGUAAUCGUUGUUAGCCUGCUAACCAAGCUAGGUACAGUUCACUGACAGCUCGAGAGGGGCACACUGUUACUGACAAACACGACUGAUACAGUAGGGAGUAUACAGUACUCCAGCAAUUCAGAUGGAUAUGCUCUGAUCAAGUUUUUACCUCCCAGUUCUUCGUGGUGCUUUGUGAAGUCUUAUGUAUAAGCCAAUUGGGGAGAUGGAAACUAGAGAGGACGUUGGAGUGGAGGCUGUCCCCUACUGCUGUUCUACCUGCGACGGUGGGGGUCCCAGCCACAAUCUUGCCAUCCGUACCAGGAAGACCCGCAGUCUGAGCACCUCCGCAGCCACCAGCGCCUCAGAAUACAGACGAAAUCAGUCUCUCCAUGGACCAAGCCCGGUGACUACAUUUGGACCGAAAGCAUGUAUGUUACAGAAUCCACACGCAGUAAUGCACAUACAAGACCCAGCCAGUCAAAAACUGACGUGGAACAAGCCUCCCAAAAGUGUCCUUGUCAUCAAGAAGAUCCGUGAUGCCAGUCUGUUGCAGCCUUUCAAAGAGCUCUGUGUGUUUCUCACUGAGCUAAAAAGCAUGAUUGUUUACGUGGAGAGCAAAGUUCUGGAGGACCCCGCCAUCGCGGCGGAUGAGAGCUUUGGGGCCAUCAUCAAGAAGUUCUGCACUUUUAGAGAAGAUCUAGAUGACAUCUCCAAUCUAGUGGACUUCAUCAUUUGUCUCGGUGGAGAUGGAACCUUACUUUAUGCAUCUUCUCUUUUUCAGGAGAGUGUUCCACCAGUUAUGGCCUUUCACCUGGGUUCUCUGGGCUUCCUCACGCCUUUCAAUUUCGACACAUACCAGUCUCAGGUCACCCAAAUCAUCGAGGGUAACGCCGCCAUCAUCCUGCGCAGUCGUCUGAGAGUGAGGGUGACGAAGGAGAGCAGAGAGAAGAAGGCCAGGGAGGAGGAGAAGGGCCUCAUCAUGACCAACGGAGACAACGAAAGCAGCUGCAAAGCCAUGCAGUAUCAGGUGCUAAAUGAAGUGGUGGUGGACAGGGGACCAUCCUCCUACCUCUCCAACGUUGACCUUUUCCUGGACGGACACCUCAUCACCACAGUACAAGGAGAUGGUGUGAUAGUGUCCACUCCCACAGGUAGCACGGCGUAUGCUGUGGCGGCUGGAGCCUCCAUGAUCCAUCCAAACGUUCCUGCCAUCAUGAUCACGCCUAUCUGCCCUCACUCUCUCUCCUUCAGACCUAUAGUGGUACCAGCUGGAGUGGAGCUCAAGAUCAUGCUGUCCAGAGAUGCUAGAAACACAGCCUGGGUGUCCUUUGAUGGACGAAAAAGACAAGAGAUCUGCCAUGGAGACAGCAUUACCAUCACUACAUCCUGCUUCCCUGUUCCUUCCAUCUGUUUUCGGGACCCAGUAAAUGACUGGUUUGAGAGCCUGGCCCAAUGUUUACACUGGAACGUGAGGAAGAAGCAGAAUUACCUCAGCUCAGAAGAGGAUGAGUUCUGAGGCUGACUCGACUCAAUGCAAUUUACAAACUAUAUUGCUAUAUUGACUUUACCAGACCAACAUCGUCACUGGAUCACUCUUAUUGAUCCACGAUCAGCUCAAACUGUUAAGCAUUUUUUUGUUUCUAAUUAAUCAGGUCAUGCUGUUUGAACAUUAACAUUCUGCCUUGCCUUGAGAAAAAUAUCUGAGAUUCCCUCACAAAGUAACUCCUAAACUCAAACUGCUUCUCAUAUGAGUCAAGGCACAAUAUUUGAUAAUACCCCAAAUAAUGAUAAAAAUAAGUAGUAUAUUAAUAGUUGGUGAUGAUCUAAGGUGAAGACCAUGAUAUGAACUCUUGACAGAAAUUAUUACUGUUGAUGGCGGUCUAUAAAAACUUUGCAUCUAGUAUUUGGACCUCAAUAGUUAGUAGAUAAAAACCUAUGUUCCCCUUGAGCUGUGGGGGUUCCAAAACUUUGCUUAACAUGUUAUAUAUUUACAGCCGUGGCUUACCAUUGCUAUAAUCAUCGCCACGUUCAUGAAAACAAACAUUCUUAAAGGAGAUCAAUUCAUGUGUUGUUUGUUUUUGAAAUGUAUAUGUUUGUCCAUAAACUCAUAACAAUGAGGCAUGAGUACUUCAGGGAUAAUGGCAACAACUCAGCAAUAAG